AUGCAGCAGCCUCCUCCUGGAAUACAGCAGGAUACUCCUGGGAUUCAGCGGGCUCCUCCUGGGAUACAGAAGACUCUUCCUGGGAUACAGCAGACUCUCCCUUGGAUACAGCAGGCUCCUCCUGGGGUACAGCAGCCUCCUCCUGGGAUACAGCAGACUCCCCCAUGGAUACAUAAGGCUCUUCCUGGGAUACAACAGACUCCUCCUGGGAUACAGCAGGUUCCUCCUGUGAUACAGCAGGCUCCUCCUGGGAUUCAGCAGGCUUUUGGGGUACAGCAGGUUCCUCCUGGGAUACAGCAGGUUCCUCCUGGGAUACAGCAGGUUCCUCCUGUGAUACAUCAGGCUCCUCCCGGGACACAGCAGCAGGCUCCUCCUGGGCUACAGCAGGCUUUUGGGGUACAGCAGGUUCCUCCUGGGAUACAGCAGGUUCCUCCAGGGAUACAGCAGGUUCCUCCUGUGAUACAGCAGGCUCCUCCUGGGAUACAGCAGGUUCCUCCUGGGUACAGCAAGCUCCAGACCGUCAUUAGAGUUGCUCGUAACACCAUAAUUGGCUCCACUCGAGAUUGGCGUCUGAGGACCAGAGGGCAUCAGUCGCAUACUCUCAGCUUCAACCCUCCACCUCCACAAUCCCAAAAUAUCAGGCCUCCAUCUCGACAGUCCCACAACUUCAAUCGAUCAUCUCCACAGUCCCACAGCUUCAGACCAAGACCUCCACAGUUCCACAGCUUCAUACAUCGACCUCCACAGUCCCACAGUUUCAGACCUAGACCUCCACAGUUUCACAGCUUCAUACAUCGACCUAAACAGUCCCACAGUUUCAGACCUAGACCCCCACAGUUCCCACAGUUUCAGGCCUCCACCUCCACAGUCCCACAGUUUCAAUUCUUCACCUCCACUGCCCCACAGCUUCAGUCUUUCACCUCCAUAGUCCCACAGCUUCAGUCCUUCACCUCCACAGUCCCACAGCUUCAGUCCUUCACCUCCACAGUCCCACAGCUUCAGUCCUUCACCUCCACAGUCCCACAGCUUCAGUCCUUCACCUCCACAGUCCCACAGCUCCACAGUCCCACAGGUCCCACACAGUCCACAGCUUCAGACCCCACAGUCCCACAGACCUCAAACUCCACAGCAGCUGCAGGCCACCCUCACAGUUCUGCAACUUCAGGGCCUCCACCUCCACAGUCCCACAGUUCAGGCCUACAUCUCCAUAGUCCCAUAGCUUCAGGCCUCCACCUCCACAGUCCCACAGCUUCAGACCUCCACAGUUUUAGGCCUAAAUCUCCACAGUCCCAUAGCUUUAGGCCUCCACCUCCACAGUCCCACAGCUUCAGGCCCCACUUCCCACAGUCCCACAGUUUCAGACCCCCACAGUCCCACAGCUUCAGGCCCCCACCUCCACAGUCACACAGUUUCAGGCCUCCACCUCCACAGUCUCACAGCUUCAGGUCUCCACUUCCACAGUCCCACACUUCCCACAUCCCACAGCUUCAGGCCUCCACCUCCACAGUCACAGUUUCAGGCCUCCACCUGCACAGUCCCACAGUUUCAGACCCUAAAUCUCCACAGUCCCACAGCUUCAGGCCUCCACCUCCACAGUCUCACAGCUUCAGACCUCCACCUCCACCUCCCACAGUUUCAGGCCUCCACCUCCACAGUCACAUAGUUUCAGGCCCACCUCCACAGUCCCACAGUUUCAGGCCUCCACCUCCACAGUCCCACAGCUUCAGACCCAAAUCUCCACAGUCAUACAGCUUCAGACCUCCACCCCACAGUCCCACAGCUUCAGGCCUCCACCUCCACAUUCCCACAGUUUCAGACCUAAAUUCCACAGUCCCACAGCCAGGCCUCCCUCCACAGUCUCACAGCUUUCAGGCCUCCACCUCCACAGUCCCAGUUUCAGCCUCCACACAGUCACACAGGCCUCCACCUCCACAGUCCCACAGUUUCAGGACCUCCACCCACAGUCCCACAGUCCCACAGUUUCAGGCCUCCACCUCCACAGUCCCACAGCUUCAGGCCUCCACUUCCACAGUCCCACAGUUUCAGGCCUCCACUUCCACAGUCCCGCAGUUUCAGGCUUCCACCUCCACAGUUCGCUAUAAAAAUCCAGCUCUACGGAGAUUUAUGUCUUUUUCCCUUACGUCCUAA